AUGUAGAGAUACUAUGAAUCAGACAGAUUAUCACAACUUUCUUAACCAACGAAGAGAUCAAAGAAGUAUACAUAGAACUAAUCAUUAAUGGUGAUGUCAAGGUAAUAAGGAUUUAGUGAAUAGACUGUGUGACAAUCAUUUUGAUAAGGACUUACAUGAGAAACCGUGGAUUUCUUUAGGAAUAUUUCCUAAUGAGUAAAUAUGUAAAUGUUAUAAAGCGUAGUCGGAUGAUAAAGUACGAGCACUCAGAUGCUGGGCUGUCGUAUACGAAUGUGAAAAUUAAGAAGUUACGAACAUUUUAAGAGUUGUGGGAGAAGAAUGAAGAGAUUCAUAAUAAGAGUGAGUAACAUCAAGGUUUUAGAGAAUUUAGAGAGUUUAAAGAUAUUUCUGAAGAAGAUGUGAUAGUAACGAUUGAAUAUUGGUAUGAGAGUAAAUUAAUUGCAGUACGAAUUGUCAUGAACAUUUGGGGUCAACAAAACAUGAUGAAGGAAGAUACUUAUAAUAUGCAUAAGCCCUUAAGAAUGAGAUUUUGUAGAGAUUUCCAAUAGUGAAAGUGAUUCUGAAACCAUUAAUAUAUGAUCAUUUAGAUCAUAGUAUAGAUACGAUGUUUUUAUAGCGUAGAUUAGGUAUAUGUUUAUAAAUGUAACAUGAAUAGGAUGUUUUGAGGUUUAAGUGAUGUCAAAAUAGAAAGGAUAAAUAAAAUAGGCAGUUAUUGGAUCUAAACUUAAUACUAAGGCCUGGCCUUAGACUUAAGUGAUCAUAAAUAAAUUGCCUUAAUAUUUUAAGAAGGUUUCAUUCAAUAUAGAUUUGAAAUUUGCAGAUUCUGAUUAGAAAUUAAAGAAUAUUGAUGUAAAAAUCUAACCAUAUCGACCUAUUCAAUAAAGAUCUUAAAGCAUAAUGUGUAAGAAUACUAAAUAUAUAUUGAAGUGACAUCUAGGUCAAAUAGAAUGUUGCGUCCAUAAAGUGCAUAAACAAGACCUAAAUCAGCAUAUUCUAAUAUAUCAGGACAAUCUUAAAGAAGUUUAAAAGAGGCAGAGGAGAAUCCUACUUAUAAGAUUGAGAGAACAAAUCAAGAUGGUAGAAUAUGUUUGAAAAAUGUACCUUUAGAUGUUUACGAAGUCAUUAUAGAAGAAACUAAUGAUUUUUUAAGUAAAACUUAAGUAAGAUUAAAUUAUAUAGCAAUAGCAUAUUAAUUUAUUCUAAUUGAAUGCAGAAGAUUAGCCUUUAGAUUAAAUAAUUGAAUUAUAAAAACAAACACAUUCUUGUAUAGUAGUAAGUGUUCUUUGUGAUUCGGCAUCAGUAACAGAAUGUAAAGUAGAAAUAGUACCAUUAAGAGGGGGCAAAGAUGCUAUUUUAAAAGAAUCUCCAGCAGGAAGUGGAAAAUAUGAAAUUGUAGUUGAACCAGAUUAAUUUAAAAUAUUUGUUAAAAAAAUAGGAUAUUAAGUCUAGAAGGAUUAAAUAACGACUAAAGCUGGAGUGUGUGAAUUUAAAUAUGAAUUAGCUAAAGCAAAAACUUAAGAAGAAGGAUAUGAUCCUGUAUAAGAUGCUUUAGAUAAAAAACAUGCAAUUAAACCAUCAAGUGAUUUAAAAAUUAAGAAGCCUAAAUAUUUGUAACCUCCGUCUGCUUUAUCAUAACAAAUCAAUCUUAUAUAAUUUUAAUUCAUAGAUUUAGUAGGCAAAUUUCCUGUGCCAAAUGUCUAUAUCAAAGUUCAUGAUGAAUCUAAUAAUAAAUUAUAUAGUUAUCGUUCUAAUGAGAAUGGUAUUUGUAAAGCAUUACUACAAAAUAAAAGUAUUUCUACAUUUAUUAUUAUAUAUUAGUAACUAAAGGUAGAAUUUUUAUUUAACAUAUUGAAUAUUAUGAUGAAAUCAAAGAAAUUAAUGAUUUACAUCCUUUAUCAACAAAUUCAAUUAAUUACUACCAUAUUAUUCGUAAACCUUAACAGUCUCAAUUAGUAGUCUUACUUGUAAAUAAGCCUAAUGAAAGCUUCUUAAAUUUUUAUAUAAUUUUAGAAGGUAUUUCUAUUCUCUUUAUAAUUUUUUAGAUAAACGAGUCAUUUAAUAAGAUUAAGAAAUAGAGUAGUAUUAAAAUCCAAGAGAUGGAAUUUAACUCAUAACAUUUUUGAAUCUAUAAAAUAAGAGAGAUAUAUUAUAAUUAGUAGCCUGUCUUCCAAAAUUAAAGAUGGACACUAUAGAAGAAAUGUAUGUUCUCACUCCUAAUAAAAUCUAAAAAUAUCCAUUGCCUCAAUUGCCUUAAGAAUAAGGUACCCUGUUUCCUUACUUCUGGAUUUUGGGAUCAUUAAAAGAGCCAUAUGAAGCAUUUGAUGUUGUUAAUUAAAUAAUAAAUACAGCACAAUUAAAGACUUAUCCAAAUCUAACAAAAUCAUAAAAAGACUUUUAAGUUGCUUAAUGUGCAUUUUAAUCUCCGAAUCUUAUUGUAGCUGCUAAUCAAAAUGGUAGUGUUAGCAUUUGGAAUCUAGAUAGUUAUUUAAUUGAUAGUACUAUAAAUAAUGUAUUUUCUGAUCAUGUCAAUACUAUUAUAAUAUGGGAUGAUGAUAAUGUUAUGAUCUCUGAUAAUACAGGAUCAAUUGUUUGGUUAAAAAAAGAUGAUGAAACUCAAUAGUUUAUCAUUUAAUCUACAUUAAACAUAAAUAGAAAAACUAAUUCUAUGUGUAAAGUUGGAGCUGAAGGAUUAGCUUUGGGAACACUUGAUGGAUAAUUGAUUCUAGUCAAAGUAGAUCUAAGAUAAUUUAUCUUAUCUAUUGAUGCUAUCAUUGAAGUUGAAUCUACAACAUAAACUAUUGAGCCAAUUAAUAAAAUGGUUUCUAUCACUAAUGAUUAAAUUGCUCUCUUAUCUGAUAAUAACAAAUCAAUUUUUAUAUUCAAAAUUGAAAAAUCAUUAGAUAAACCUUUGAGUGGAACACUUAUAAAAUAAGUCUUAAUCAAAGGCUAUCUAACUGGUGGAUAACCUAUUCUAUAAAUUAUCUCUUUAGAUCAAAGAUACUUAAUUUUUGGAGGUCUUGAUGGUGUUCUACAUACAUUAAGUAUAGAUUCACUUGAAAGAGGUCCCAAUAUCAGUUUACAUUCUGAUCAAUAAGUUAAUUGUGUUUUAUAAAAUGAAGAUGGUGUUCUUAUUGCUUAAGGUAGUCAUAUUACUUUUAUUCAUUCACCAGAAACUGUUAAUGAACUCAAAAUUACUAAUCAAAAAUAUUUUCAAUCUCCUGUUAUUUUAUAUUCAGGAGAUUGUGUCAGUUAUGAAAAAAGAUUACUUACAUUUACCAAUGAAGGUAAAAUGGUUGUUUGGUCUUUAUAAGAUAGAUUAUUCCCUAAUAUUAGUAACUUUUUGUAAGAUUCAGAAUUUCCGCAUAAAUUGAAACCUAUUGAUAGAUAAUAUUUGUUAGUUGAUUCAAAAAUCUCCAAAGAAAAUUUUAGUAUUUAUUUAAUUAAAGAAAAUGGAGAAAUUAUUAAAGAUUCAACUAAAUAUAUUAAAUUCGAAAGAGAAGAUACUUAUUUUUAUAUGGAAAUCAAUUAAACUUAAUAAUAAGGUUUAUGGAGAUUAGGAGCUUAUCUUUAAAAUACUGAAUUAAUCAGAUCAAAAUAACCUAAAAUAUACUUUAUUUCCUCUCAUGGAUUUUAAGUAUUAAAUUUUCCUUAAUAAAUUCCUAUCAGUAGAAAAUAAGCUUAUCAUUGGCUUAUUGGAACACUAAUACCACAUGUAGAAACAUUGAAAUCUACUUCACUCUAUACUGAUUCUUAAAUAGUAGGUAAAUUUCCAAGUUUAGAAAUGAGUAAACAUGAGGGUAAAAUUAAUCAAAUAGUCUUCCUAAAUAAAGAUGAAUUUGUAACAGCAGGAGAAGAUAAAUAAGUAAUUAUUUGGAAUGCUUAAACGUUUGGAAUAAAUAAAGUAUUUUAUCACGAAGCUGAGAUAUUAAGUAUUUAUGUUUAUAAUGGAAUGUUAUUGGCAGGAAAUAAAGAAGGAACAGUAAUGGGAUGGAAAUAACAUGAUGGAAUUUGGUAAAUGGAUAUCAAAUUCAAACAUCAUGAAAAAGGAGUUUAUUCUAUUGUUUAUGUAGAUGGCAGUAUAGUGACAGCAUCUGAAGAUAGAAAGAUUCAUUUGGUUAAUUUUGUUUCAAGUGCAUUAGAACAUAUUGAACCAGUAGAUAGAACUUUUGUUAUAGCAUUAGUUACUUACAAUAAAGAUGUAUUUGCAGCAGGAUUCCCAGAUGGCAGAGUUAAAACAUAUAAAAGAGUAUUAUUGAUAUAUUCUAUAUUUCUAGGAAAAAACUGGUCCAAAAAUAUUAUUGAAAACUCUUAGAACAGUAACUACAGUUAAAGUUUAACAUUUGUACAUGAUUAGUAAUAAUCAAUUGUUUGUUGGAGGAAUGGAUAAAAUAGGGGAUGUGAUGAAUGUGGAACAAGGAACUAAAUUAAAGUAAAUCAUUCAAGUAUUUUUACUUUAGAACACUUAAAGAUGGACACACAGGAUCCAUUUUAUGUAGCUUAUUAUAUUGUAAACAUCUUAUAACUGGUGGUUCUGAUGGCAGAUUGAGUAUUUGGAAUACCGAUAAAGGAUUGUUAAUUAAGACAUAUGAUUUAACUAAAGAAGAAAUUAGAGGAGUUUUUAUAAUCGGUAGAUUAUUAAUUACAGCAAGUAAAUAAAAAUAUGAAUAUUUAGGUUCUAAUGGAAUGAUAAGAAUUUGGCAAGAGAUUUGCCCAUUUAUUGAGUAGAUUCCACCUGAAGAAGAGCCAGAAUAAUAAUAAUAACAAUAAUUAUAAUAGUGA